AUGGCGAGGCGCUGGCGUCCGUCAUCGGACCACUUCCCCCCUGCCAGCUGCCAUUUUGGGUCAACAGGUGGAUUCAGGACAAAGAGAAAGGAAGGGGGAGAAGAAGAGGAAGAACGCUCACCCAUCUACUCUCUCUCCAAGAGCUCCAUGGACAUAGUCAUGGCAACCGGACACCAGCAUCUGCUAGACCCGGCCUGGGCAAAACUGGAGCUGAGACACACACACACCCUCAGCUGUGUCCUCACCCCUACCUUUAAUAUCCUCCCUACCCACAACUCCACCUUUAACCUCACCUCUACCCUCACCACUACCUGUAACCUCACCUCUACCCUCACCUGUAACCUCACCCCUACCCUCACCUGUAACCUCACCCCUACCCUCACACGUAACCUCACCUGUAACCUCACCUCUACCUGUAACCUCACCUGUAACCUCAUCUACGAGGCUCGUUCCCCCCACAAGCAUUCUUCUUCCCCCUACCCCUUCCCCUCUCCUUCCUGUAGAGCUCAAGGUGAGGAGGGUCUAGUGGAGAGGGGCAACAAUGAGCUGGUCCCACCCCAGCCAGGGUGCACCAGUGUGGGGACAUGCUAUGGAGAGAAGCCCCCUAUCCUGAAUGCAAAACCCAGUCCCAGUCGGUCAAGGUUGAACCUGAGGUCAUCGCUUGGCUCCCACUCCAACCUGAUGUUGCCUUCUUCCAGUAUGUUCUCUCUGGACAGCCCUGGAGAGGAGAGUGAGGAGGAGGUGAAGUGGGAGGAGAGCAGCUCUCCCCCGCUGGGGGAGAUGGGGAGGAGGAGGUCCUGUCUGAAGAUGGUGGUACAGGAGGAGGAGAGGAGGAGGAGUGGAGAGAGGGAUCACAGCAAGAGGAGGAGUAGUAUGAAACAGGUGCAGUGGGAUGAAGAUGGACUGACCUGGGAUGUUUACGGAGCCUCCCUGGACCCAGAGGUGCUCAGCUCAGCCUUACAGAUGUGUGUAGUGAGCUGUGGACACGAGGCAGUGAUUCUGCUGGAGAUGGUUGAUGUUCCAGGACCUCCGCUCCUAUCUCUGCUGCUGCUGUUGAGUGUGUCGGCUCUGCCUGCCGGCACAUACACCCUGACCCCCGGCAGACUGCCCCAGGCCCAGCACAAAGUCCUGCAACUAGACUGGCCUAAGGACUGUGGCAUGGCACACUACAAACCCAACAUGGCUGAACGGAUCGUCUCUGGCAACGAGGCCAGACCUCACUCCUGGCCAUGGCAGGUCUCCUUACAGGUUCGUCCCAGAGGCAGUAAGCACUACAUCCACGUCUGUGGCGGAACCCUCAUCCACAAGAAUUGGGUCCUCACCGCUGCCCACUGCUUCCAGAAGGGUAAAGCCGAGGAUGCUGGGAGUUGGAGGAUCGUCCUGGGGAAGCAUCGGCUGAAACGUUCUGAGACGCCCGAGAGGACUAUCCCGGUGAAGAGGAUCUACCGUCACGAGCACUUCCGUUACCCCACGCACAGCGAGCUGGACUAUGACAUCGCCCUGGUCAAGGCUGCCACUGACAUCGUGCCCAACAACCACAUACGCUAUGCAUGCCUGCCGCGCAAACAGAUCAACCUGAAGCCUGGACAAUACUGCUGGGUGACCGGCUGGGGAGACACUCGGGGUGGGAAGGAGAAUGUGUCUCUGGCUGAGGCUCUGAACCAGGCCCGUCUGCCCAUCAUCGACUUCAAGACCUGCCGUCAGAAGAAGUUCUGGGGAGACCGCGUCAGGGACUCCAUGAUCUGUGCCGGCUUCAGAGACACAGAAGGACCACCUGCUGCCUGCCAGGGUGACUCAGGGGGUCCUCUGCUGUGCCAGCUGGGGCGUGACAGGUGGGAGGUGCACGGUGUGGUGAGCUUCGGCCCCAUUGGCUGCACCGUGGAGAACAAGCCCAGCGUGUUCACCCGCACCGCCAACUAUAUCCCCUGGAUCGAGGCUACCCGCAUCAGAGACUUCUUCCUGCACUAGACCACACUCACACAUAACCUGACAACCCCUCUGCACCCAUCAAACUAUAGCAUUGUUUUUUGGGGAGAGAUACCAUAUUGCAGUUUGUUUCGUAAUCACACUGAUGGAACAAUACUGAAUCAUUGACAUGUCCAUUACCUAUCAAUUUUGUCUUGAGCAUUCUGUCCUGCUAAAUGUAACAUUCAGAAUCAUGUCAUCCCAUUUUAAAUGGUGCAUAUUUGCAAUUUGUAUGGCACUUAUGACACCUUGACCACCACCCUGUCCCCAACCACUGCUCCACUUCCGGGUUGUACUCUUUCCUGACUACAUUUCCCACCAUGCACCCAAUAAAAUGAGCAGAAAAAGCA